CGAGUGGAACAUUACAAUUUAAAAUACUUACUUCCCUUUUAAUAGUUUCGAAAGUUGGCUUUACUUGAAACAGUUGUUAACAGCAGGCCAUUUGAGCAUUGGAGUAUCGCGGCCCAGAUAGAAAUUUUAAUUUUAGAACUACAAAAAGAUCGAAGCAGUUCAUUUCAUUUCAUUUCAUUUCAUUUCAGUUUCUCGACAUGAGUUGAUAUCUUAGUUAUGAUAGUAACUCAUGAACCUUCACGGGAGCUCAAGGGAGAAACGAAAAUCGAACAAACUUGCUAGCGACCAGUACAUAGUUACAUGCGUAACCGGCCAGUUGAAUGUGAAUUAACCGAAAGCUGGACGUUGCGCUGUCACGUUAAAUGUUUCCAGCUUUACGUGCGUAAAAUCAGGAGCCAGGUAAAAUGAAAUGGAGAAAUUGGGCGGACGGACGUCUGUGGAAGCGUUCAAUGUUGUUCAAGUUUUUCCGCUUGACACUGUGGAAAAAGUUUAAAAUAGUCCAUCUAUUUCCGCAAACGCAGGCCGUACAUAUGUUUUAUCAAUUUUACUGUUUAAAUUUUAAAUCUGCCUGCUAAGUUACCUGCGCUCGAAGUAGUAGUAGUCCACUUAUUGAUCUCACUUGUAUUUUUUCAAUUCUAUAUUACACAUUUGUGUCAGCAAAUAAUAUCAUUUUCACAGUUAUCUUUUUGCAUAACACAUUUUAAUGAAAAAGAGUGACAUUAGAAUAGAAAUUGAGUUUCUUCCUGCUACUAUCCCGUAAUCUUUUUGCUUUGUUCUUUUUUAAUUUAUAUUUUUUAAGGCAAAGUAUCAUUGUAAUUAAAAAUUAAAUUAUUUUACGCACGUAGAGCCGGCAAAAUUUACAUCUGUAAGCAUAUGUAAAAUAACGCAACAAAAGAAAUUCACCUUAACUGAACAUGGUAGAUUAAGGUGAAAGUCCAAUUUGUUUUCGUUUUAAGCGUGACAAAAGGACAUGAAUUUAGAAGAUUUUUCAGUUUAAUAAAACGGAGAACAUUUUUUAACGGCUUUUGUCUGCGAUAAAAGUUGAACCCCGCUCUACUUUUCAAUCUCAUGCAGAAACAGCAUUUGGUACCAAACUCGAAUUGGCGCGAGACGCCGUUUGUGAAACGUGCAGCAUCAGCGUACUAGAAAACGCACGCUGCAUCGUAAUUAUUUUGUCCCAAGAAUAGAUCCGUGUUCUAAGUACGUAAAAAGUUUACGCAACAGCUGAAACGAACGCUUGUAAAGUUUUUCACUGACGCAUAUAUUUUACGUGCGCCAGAUAUCAUUGGCGUCCGUGUUAUGUUUUAGUGCAGCUGACAUUUUUGGCUGACAUGUUUAACGCUCGCCCAUCGCAGAAGCCAAUUAAAUGAUUGUGGGUUGUGCAAAUAUUAUUUAGCAUGCAGUUGCACGAAAAUAUGUCAUUAGCACAGUGUCAGUGAAAUGUACCCAAUAUUACACGACUAAGAUAGUUCAGAAGGCCAAUAAGUAAAAUCAACCAAUCAUAUUGCUUCUUUUUUCCUGUCCAAUAUUUUCCAAGCAUGAGACCGUGCACUGAGCACUCUUAAAGGUUUUGUUGUAGUUAGUAUGACUUACGUGUUUUUAAAAGUCAGAACAUGAGCGUGGAAAAGUCUUUUCUUCCUCCAACUUUCUUUUCCUUUCUUUAUUGAAAACGACGGAAGCCGGAUUUCAGUCAGAAGAGCGCGCUUGUCUUUCCAGACCUUAAUCGUAGUAUUGUUCUAAAGACAUUUUCAGCGUAUUCUACAAUCAUACCAAAAAAGGACAAAGAUAAGGCUUGAAGCCCACUUAAAUCGAAAGGCAAAAUCUAAACUUCUGUACUUUUACUUAUUCGAAAUCCAAGUGUUACCCUGGUGACCUGAUAGCCACAAAACAUUGCGCGUUUUACCCUGGUAACCACAAAACAUUGCGCACUUUGCCCUGGUAACCACAAAGCAUUGUCCGCUUUACCUUUUAACCACAAAGCAUUGCGGGCAUUACCUGACAAUGCCUUUCGUUUUAUCGAUGCUCUUAAGUCAAAAGCUGUGUUUAUUUAUCUAGUCGUCUUUUCUUGAGGUCAAAAGGUGAGUAACCUUCGAUUGAUGAGACUUAAAUAGAAAUACGACUUAGACCGCAUAUUUAGGAUACUUCAGUACAUUGUAACUAACACGCAAAGGAAUUUUUCAGUAUAUAUCAGUUUGGUAAAUUGAGAAAAAUUUACCGACGAAUUUAACCCAAUCGUAGCGUCAACUUGUUCCCUGUAGAUUAACUAACUAGCCAUUAUGAUUCUGGUUAUUGUGAAACCUGUGUAUGCCUUUCUUUAACGCGGCCUGGUGCUCUUUUGUUUUAACAUUUGCUCUUCUUUCUUUAUAGUUUUCUGCCUUGAUAGAGAUCUACUGUGGUGUGAAACUUUGAAUGAGUACUAAUCUAAAGAUGGUUCAAUCGUGUCGACUUUAAAGGAGUCAAUAUAUUUUCUUAACUUAAAAUCCCCUUCUAGUGGUCGAGGAUAACUUUCUAUCUGUGAAGAAAACGAUUAAGGGGCGCGCGAAAUGAAUGCAGUUACUCAACGCACAUCAAUGUACUUGAUAAGGCCCGCUCGUUAAAGCCUUUGUACUUUUCGGUUUUGUAACACUUGCGUGCAGUACCCUCAGAUGAUAAAUCCCUAAUAAUUAACGCGUGCAUAUGAAAACGACUUCAAAGGCGGCAGGAUUACUUAAUUAAAUAGGACUAAAAAGUCCCUGAUGUUGGGACUAAAAAGUUCCAACAUCAGGCUGAGCGUUGCAGUUUUCAACUAACCCAAGAUAACACAGCUCUUUCUUUCCGUUCAAGGGGUGUGAUAGGUAGAGUGGUAUGUUACAAAUGUGUUCGUUCCAUUCGAACAUCGAAUGUCUCAAAUAGCAGAUCAACUUCUAUAGUUUAUCAUAAUUUUUGGGUUGAGCUGUGGUUAGAAACCUCUCAUGCGCUUCAUUUAAAUUUUAAGCUGCUCAAAUUUUGAUAACAGUUGACGCUGAAAAGUUUUAGCUCGUGCGCAGCAGCUCCCGCGUUCUCUCUGCUUGUUUUAGCGCACUCAGUGAUCAUGAAAGGCAAUGAAUUUACAAAAUGAAAUUUUAAAGCAAUUCUUGCCCGUGAACCUUCGUCGACUCUUGUUUCUGUUUGACCUCGCUUCUUAGCCUGAUGUCGCAGUACGAAACAUUUAUCGAGUAACAAGCUAUUUGAAAGACAGAGAGAGGAUUUGACCAUCGGUUGGGAAACACUCACGGAAGUUGAUCCAAAAACGGUUUUUUUUUCAAAGGAUAAAUAGUCCUUAACCUUACAAAGUCCUGUUCUACCAUCCUAAAAGGUUCUACAAUUUGUUAAGUGAACAGCUGAAUUCACAAAAAUCUCAAUGAACAUUUUGCAUCCUUGUUUUUGUGUUCUCAGCCGUCUUUAUGCAACUAUGAUUGGUGGAAAAAAUUGUCACUGAGUUCGGACUUUCAACUCAAAUGCGCAUUUAUUUGGAAGAGAAAGAGUACCGUGAACUGAGGAGUUUCAGGUUACGUAAAUUGGCAACGAGUUGGCCUUUUGGGAACCUUUGAAAAUGAACUUUUAUUGUGUAAAGUGCUUCUUAAUUAAGAUGGGUGAUACUUGUAACUUAAACGGCUACCUUUGUAGUUGUGUUUUGCCGAAAGAGUUCAUAUUUUUGUUGGGUUGGUAAAAGUUAAAGUUUUGAAAAAUGUGUGAAAAUAAAGCAAAAAUGGAACAGUUUGAACUGAAAGUUACUGACAAUAUUUGAAUUUCAACAUAAUUUCACAUCGAUCGAGAACUCUGCACAACGGAAAAAUAUUCCAGGUUGACUUGUAAAUAUUCGCUCAAACAGGAACUUAUAAUUGGUUUUUGCAUUUGAAUGGUUUCUAGCGUCAAGGUAUAAAUUUAUUGAACGAGCUCGGGUUUUUGCGGAACUAUCACCAAUGUGAUUGGUCAAACACUAAGAGUGAUUGAUGGAUCUUUAAUUAAUAAUUUCUCAGUGCAGGUUGAUCGAGUUAGGGUUUUGAAGGAAGGUAAAUAGUGCUUCCUGUGACCAAAGACGGUUAUGUUUGUUCAGGUUCGUAUCUAUAGAUUAUAUUCUCUCGUGGUUUUUCUCUAGAAGGCAUAACAAGAUAUCCAGUUAUUCCGAAAAACAAGAAGCCAGUUGCGGCAGAAACUUUAGAGAUUCAUUCAGUCCAGUCGUGUUCAUAAGGAUCUGGGCCCAGAAGAGACGACAAGUAAGUAAAGAGCAGUUGUUGAAAUAAAUGGUGUAAGAUGGCGGACGUGGCAGGCGGUGCAGGAUACUCCACGCCUGCUAACAUAACGAAUAAUGCAACGGAUGCCCCUCCUGUGGGAUUCCAGGUCCCCCGCAACAUUCAGAUCGGAGUCACAAUCCUUGCCGUCAUUGUUAUCAUCCUGGCAAUGAUCGGUAAUACUCUGGUGAUUUACAUCGUAUUCACAGUAAACCACAUGCGCAGCUCAACAAACACUCUCAUCGCCAACAUGGCCUUUGCUGAUCUUCUCAUGACCAUAGAUAUCCCGUACAUACUCAAAUGGGUCUACGUGUGGGACAAGUGGUUUGGCACGUUCAUGGGCACUGUGUUAUGCAAGUUCUUCCACGCUGCACAGGUGGGAUCCCUAGCCUCUUCAGUCUUCAGUCUAGUGGCGAUUUCCCUCGAUCGCAGUUUUGCCAUCGUAUUUCCCAUGAGGACAAUAAUGACUCGAAACGUUGUGCGUUUCGCGAUCACCGUGACGUGGCUAGGUGCACUGGCGUUAACCGUUCCACUCAUGAUAGCGGUCAAGAAUACGGAGCUACAGGGAAUGGAGUAUUUUAUUUGCAAAGAGAACUGGCCACCGCUGUCACAAAAAACCUACAAUACAUUUUUAUUUACAACUACCUACAUCAUUCCAAUGUUAAUUAUCACUAUAGUUUAUACCUUGGCGGGACUACGUCUUUGGAGCAGAAAACUUCCUGGACAUCGAAAUUUAAUGGCGCACAAAAAAGCCCAAGCAUCCAGCAGACGCGCGACUGUCAUGUUGAUAACUGUGGUGAUUGUUUUUGCUUUGUCGUGGUUUCCAUUUCAAGCCUUGGAGAUGAUAAGAGUUCUUAAUCCGCAGAUAUUGAAGGACUUCACAAUUCCCAUGGAAGUCCAUUUUGUCAUCCCUUGGUUUGGUUAUUGUAACAGCGCUAUUAAUCCAAUUCUUUAUGUGAUAUUCUCAGAGAAUUAUCGCCGCGAAUUUAACAGGAUUCUCUGCAAAGGGCCAAGCCGAAUAGAGCGUUAUAGGAACACAACUGUUGCGAGCCGGAGCACGACGCGAAUGACGCGCCUGUCUAGAGGAAGUUCCUUAGCUGUUAGCAUACCACUCCAGAAACUGAGGGAAGAAGCGAAUCAUAAUAGAGGAAGUCCAGAGACACCCUGAGUCCAAGCUUAACAAGAACAGUCCAACAGAGGAUCUGUUCCUUAUCUUUCAUUGUAACGUAACAUGGCAAAGCAACUCUCAAACACUUUUUCUGCUUUCGCUAUGGAAUCCUAAUGCUUUUUAUAGUCUUUUCAUUUGCUUGGAUCGAUAUUCUUUCGAUAUGAAUACUUAACGCUACGGUUACUUAGAUCUGUCGGUUCCAAGAGCAUGAGUAUAGAAACUCAAUCACGAAAGAGUGUGUUUGAUUGGCCUAAUUCCGGCAGAAUAAAAAUAUAUUCCUGAAUAUUCCAGGGCAGCUGUUGCGUCCGAACGUCUUGGUUACCUUUUUGAAGCAAUUCUUCUACUUUUUGUUGAAGGAAAGGAGAAGGAGUGCAUCUUUCGUACCGUUUCCGAAUACGCGAGUGUGGUCAAUUGCGAAGUAACCAGUUUUCUUCGCGACGCCGCGCAAAGUAACGCUGUUACAGCGAGUAUUCUACUUCCUAUAGUAGAAUGCGUGAGAUACAAUCCGAGCAUUCUGGAAUAGGAUCAAUCGAACGGAUACUCGAGCAGUGUAAUUAUUAUUUCAGGAUAUGGUAAAACACGCGCACCAUUAAACCCAGAUACGCGGCAGUUCAAAAUGGUGAUAACAGACUGAUAAACAAUUGAGCCUGUUACGUUUUUCCAAGGUGUCUCUGAUUAGACGUGUCCUGGAGGGUGGUGAUCACAACUGCUAAAGCUUGAUAUCCUUUUGAGCGAUUAACAUAUCUUGUAGGUUAAGUGGUGAACGCUUUCAGUUGGUACAAAGCUCUUUGUUUCCUUUCGGGAAAAAUUACGUCUUGCUGCUUGCUUAAACUUUCCUAGACUCCCAAGUGCACAAAGAUGGAGUCCAGAAAUGUUUGGCGUUGGCAUCAAUUCGAGGCCGUGCAUUUUGUUCAGUCAAUUUCUAAUUAAUGAUCUGCAUGAUCUUGAGGCCUGUUUUCAGAAGAGAUAGGACUAAAUAAGUGUGGCAAGAGAGGUCGUGCUAUUAAGUUCUGUACAGUAAAGCUGUAGUAAAGAAGAACACAUCUUACGAGUACGUUUGUGUAGAAGAUGGUCAGGAGAGUUAAAAGUUGUAAUGUUUCUCUGUUAAAAUUGCCAUUGCUAUAAGGCUAUUGUUACAAGUAUUGCUCUUCAGAAAGGACAAUCAAACACUUUGAAUAAUGUUUGGGAAUCACUUUGGGCGAUGUUCGAAAAGUUCUUUUCUCGUCUAGGGAAACACUGUACAUCUAUAACUAAAUCAACGUUCCUCUCGGAGCAUUAGGACAGACAACUGACGGAACUUACAAAUGCCACCAUAGACGGGCGGAAAAAAAAAGUGUUAAGAACUUUUCCAAUCAUAAAUUGUGACAAUAGCUCACUAGCUAAAUAGCUCACUCUAUAAUAUCUUAAAGAAAAGUCAAUUUAAAAUUGUGAAAUUAUAUGUAAAUAGGAAGUAGACAAUGAUAUAGCUUUAGCAAUACCAGUUGUGAAGUAUAGACUCAAUUUUAUCUUUUUCAUCCAGGUCUAAUAAACUGUGUGUUGAACGUG